AUGUCCUCGAUGUGGACAACUUUGACCUCUUCGAUAAGCUCAUUCACCAGUCAACUACCAAGAUCAACCGCUCGAGAAGAGCCCCGGCCGCUUCCUGCUAGUGGAUUUAAAACCAUUGAAGCCGACCGUCUGAUUGAGGAGGAGGAAAUACCGGAUUACCGAGCCGAUCGCUUCUAUCCCGUGCGCCUCGGCGAGGUGUUUCAAGAACGCUUCCAAAUCAUCGCGAAGGUCGGAUUUGGCAGUUCUUCUACGACUUGGCUUGCUCGAGAUCUAAGCUCUCACCAAGGACGUACCGGCAUCCGGAGACUACUGGAGUCAUUCAUAGCUACCGGCCCAGAUGGGGAGCACAUUGUCCUUGUCUUCCUGGCUGCACAGAUGAGCCUGCGUGAUAUGAAGGUGGUAUUUCGAAAGAGUGGACUAGAUGAAGAUCUAGUAAAGGAAGCUAUUAUUGAGCUUCUCAAGAUUUUGGAUUUUCUUCAUGCCGAUGGAGAGGUUGUUCAUACCGAUAUUCACCCUGGUAACCUGCUCCUUGGUGUCUACGAUAAUAACCUCUUUAAAAGGCUCGAUGACAGAGAGUUUGAGGUUCCUGUGCCCCGAAAGCCUGUUUCUCUUCUUCUCGGACAAUAUCUCUCUCGCGCCUAUCACGGCCUCGGGAAGGCAAGGAUUGGCCCCGGGCCUCAUGCCGGUGACAUCAUGCCCUUGGAGUAUCGAGCCCCUGAGACACUCCUUUGGACCUGGGAUCUUUUCCAGCCAAAAAGACUGUUCACAGCACGCGAUGAGGAUGGCGAUCUUUACGAUGCUGCCCACCUCGCCGAGAUGAUUGCUACAUUGGGACCGCCGCUGCCUGAGUUCCUGGCGAAGAACCCAGAGAAGAGGGCUGACUAUUGGGAUGAAAGCGUCAAACCCCAAUUGGUAAACUGCUGGCUUGAUCAAUCAUCCUACCUGGCCCGUCGCGGGUUUCACGCGUCCCCGCGCAGGUUAAACUCAAUCCUCGAACCGCGUCUGGAGGACCAUGGCAAGGUCAUUCACGACGAGUACUCGGUGAUCCGAGACCACUAUAUCGCCCCCAAACACCCAGUCGUUCUCGCCCAUGGUCUCCUUGGGUUUGACGAGUUGCGCCUCGCGGGUCCAUACCUGCCCGGUGUUCAGUACUGGCGUGGGAUCAAGGAAGCACUAUCAGCGCAAGGAAUUGAAGUGAUCACGGCCACGGUACCGCCGUCGGGAUCCAUUGAGGCACGCGCCGAGGAAUUGGCCCGAGAUAUCGAAGUCGGCGCGCGGGGGAAGGAUGUCAAUAUCAUUGCUCACAGCAUGGGUGGCCUGGAUUCACGGUACAUGAUUAGCCAUAUUCGACCAUCAAAGUUCAAAGUGUUGUCGCUGACCACCAUUGCGACUCCGCACCGAGGUCUGGAUCGGCCGUGGCGGACUAUUUCUUUGAACAGAUCGGAGGUUUGUGAAUGCAUCUACCUUCGCAUUCCCUCCCAAAUGGAAGCUCACUCGACAUGUCUUGCAGCGGACCGCCUCCCACAGAUAUACUAUACCCUUGAACGAUUGAAUGUUGAGACCGGCGCCUUUGCUCAGCUGACCCGAAAGUACAUGGCCGAGACGUUCAACCCUAGUACCCCGGAUGUGGAUGACGUACGGUACUUCUCGUACGGCGCAUCCGUGCAGCCUAGUAUCUGGUCUGUCUUCCGACUAUCGCAUCGGGUCCUCGCCGAGGCUGAAGGGCCCAACGAUGGCCUGGUUAGCGUGGCCAGCAGCCGCUGGGGAGGCGAUUCCGGAUACAAAGGGACCCUGGUAGGCGUGAGCCACCUCGACCUGAUCAAUUGGAGCAACCGGCUGAAAUGGCUGGCGGGGGAAAUCACCGGCAACCGAAGAAAGUUCAACGCGGUCGCCUUUUAUUUGGCCAUUGCAGGUAUGUUCGGUAGACGUGGAUCGGACCUGGUCAACAGCUAA